GUCAAGGACUGGUGGAUCCUUAUUCCCUGGGGUGAUGGAUGAGAGAGAUGUGAAUGGUGGCGAUGGGAGGCACUUUGAUGAUGGGGUUUUUGACUUCACUGGUGAUAUUGAUUGUAUUAGUAAAAUUAGGGUUGAAAAGGACACUAAACAUUUGACUACUGAGAGGCAUAAGAGAGUUCUUCUCAAUGACAAAUUCAUGGCUUUGAGGAGCUUGGUUCCUAACUCCACCAAGAAAGAUAGAGCCUCGGUUGUGGGAGAUGCUAUCGAAUACAUAAACGAGCUUCAGAGGACAGUGAAUGAGCUAAAAGUGUUGGUGGAGAAGAAGAGAUGUUGUAAGGAGAGGCUCAAAAGGGCCAAAAUAGAAGAUGAUACCAUGGAGGGGAAUAUUGACACACAGUCUGUAGAUGAUAUGAAGCAGCCUUAUAAUGCCUCAUCCUUAAGAAGCUCAUGGCUCCACAGGAAAUCGAAGAACACCGAGGUGGAUGUGCGCAUUGUGGACGAUGAAGUUACUGUCAAGCUUGUUCAACAGAAGAGAACCAAUUGCUUACUCCUUGUAUCAAAGGUUCUUGAGGAGCUUCAGCUUGAUCUUGACCAUGUUGCUGGAGGCCUAAUUGAGGAUUACUAUAGCUUUUUGUUCAACUCUAAGAUCUGUGAAGGUUCGAUUGUAUAUGCGAGUACGAUAGCUAACAAGCUUAUCGAAUUUGUGGACAAGCAGUAUGCAGCAAUUCCACCAACUAAUAGCUAUUAUGCAUGUAUACAUGUAGGAGUCUUUUAAUUAUAAUAUAGCACUUUUUUAGUACUUAUUUUGAUCUAAAACAGUAUUGAGAAUAACAACUAAUUAAUUAUUGAAUUGGGAAUUAUGCUUUAUUUUGACUGGUAUAGACAGCAGAAGAUUGAUCUGAAUAGUAAGUUGCAGUUUUACUCCAG